UAAUGACGCGCUAAAAAGACACAGAGCCCACUCUACUUCUCCUCUCAUCUGCAACCCAUCAUACCCACCACCACUCUACCCAUCCGUCCCGAAAGGAAAGCUCUCCAUAAAUUGCUCCGAUUUACAGUUUGCUGAGCAAUAGUGGGCAUGCCACGCUGCGACCGAAACAAUAAUUCGAGGAGAACAUGGAAAAAUUGCCUUCACUUUUACAGAUGCACUUUAUAUUUAUUCAUCUUUAGUCUGGAACUAAACAGCAGCGUUUCAGAGCCUGUGAAUGGUGAUGUGUUUGUGUUCUUCCACGAGGGGGCUCAGGGCUGUCUUGGGGUGCAGGGUCACUCCCUGUCCCUGUCCGAGUCCUGCGAGGAUGACGCCCAGAAGUGGAAGUGGGUGACCCGGGGCCGACUCUUCAACCUAGGCUCCUCUCUGUGCCUGGGCCUGACAACAGGCAACUACAGCUCCAGGGAGGACACCUCCCUGCUGGGCGUCUACCCCUGUGACAGAGAGCCUCCCGGGGUCCGCUGGACCUGGUACUGUUCCCAGGUGUUGGAGAACCUCAACCUGUACAUGCCGUCACCCUCGCACCCUGUCAACCCCUCCGCUAACGCCUCAGCGGUGGCCUCGGAUGUCAAGCCCCCACGGGAGGGGCUCAAGUGGAGGCUCUUUGGGGACGAUCAGGACCUUUGUUCUAGGAGCUAUCGUGAGAUCUAUACUAUCCAGGGGAACUCUCACGGUAGGCCCUGCUACCUGCCCUUCAUGUACGAUAGCCAGUGGUUCCACAACUGCACCAGUAUUGGCAGAGAGGACGGUCACCUGUGGUGUGCCACCACCUUCGACUAUGGCAAGGACGAACUCUGGGGCUUCUGUCCUGUUAAGAGCAAUGACUGUGAGACGUUCUGGGACACAGACCCCCUGACAGACAGCUGCUACCAGUUCAACUUCCAGGCCACCCUGUCAUGGAGCGAGGCUCGCAUCAGCUGCCAACAGCAGGGGGCUGACCUGCUCAGUAUCACCAAGCUGCAUGAGCAGACCUACAUCAACGGUUUGCUGACUGGUUACAGUGCUGCUCUGUGGAUCGGUCUGAAUGACCUGGACAUCACCGGAGGCUGGCAGUGGGGUGACUCCUCCCCGCUCAAAUACCUCAACUGGGAGAAUGACCAGCCGAGCCAUGUGGAGGAGGUGAACUGUGCGGUGAUCAGGACAGAGUCGUCUGGCCGCUGGCAGAACAGAGACUGCUCUGUAGCCCUUCCCUACGUCUGUAAGAAGAGACCCAAUGCCACCCUGGACCCCUUCACCACCGACUCGUGGGCGGAUGAUGAGAAGUACGAGUGUGAUGUGGGCUGGCAGGCGUUCCAGGCAGGCUGCUACAGACUGACGUCAGAGAAGGUGAACUGGGACACUGCUCAGAAAACCUGUCAGAAAAUGGAGGCCAACCUGGUCAGCCUCCACACCCUGCCUGAACUAGAGUUCAUCAUCAACAACAUCAAGCGAGAUGUGGAGGAGCUGUGGAUUGGUCUCCAUGACACGGCUAUGCAAAUGGACUUCCAGUGGACAGACCACACGCCCGUCAUCUUCACUUACUGGCAUCCCUUUGAGCCCAACAACUUCCAAAACACCCCCGAGGACUGUGUCACCAUCUGGGGACCCGAAGGCCGCUGGAAUGACAGUCCCUGUAACCAGACCCUGCCGUCCAUCUGUAAGAAAGCAGCCCAGAAGACUGACGGACAGGCACAGGACCACCGGUGCAAACCAGGCUGGAGAUGGCACAGUCCGGCCUGCUACUGGGUGGGAGAGGAGCAGGUGACCUUCGAGGAGGGCAGGAAGGCCUGCGCUGGCAGCGGAGGUACCCUCAUCACCAUCGCCAAUAGGUUUGAGCAGGCGUUUGUCAACAGUCUGGUGUUUGGCCGUUCUGGGGAUUCAUUCUGGAUAGCCCUGCUUGACCAGAACAGCCCUGGGAAAUUCCACUGGCUCAGCGGGGAUGAAGUGACCUAUACCAACUGGAACAGAGACCAGCCAGGAGGAAACAUCAAAGGAGGCUGUGUAACCAUGGAGACGGGCUACGCCACAGGCCUAUGGGAGGUGAAGGACUGUGCGUCGGCCCGGGCUAAGUUCAUCUGUAGACUGAACCAGGACACGUCCCUCAGCCCUGAGCCCCCAGCCCCGCACCCCACCCCCAGCCUCACUGGAUCCUGCCCCAACGGGUGGAAGACAAACGGCAAGCUGCAUCACUGCUACAAGGUGUUUGACAGAGCCCAGAUGGACCAGAAGCUGAGCUGGCUGCAGGCCCACCUAGCCUGUCAGAGACACCAUGGAGCCAACCUGCUGAGUGUCAGUGGCCCAGAGGAGGAGCACUUCAUACUGCAGAUACUACACGAAGCCUUUGGGGAAUCAGAGGACCAUGAGCAGCACUGGUUCUGGAUCGGGCUGAACCGCAGGAACCCCAUGGACAACGGUAGCUGGAAGUGGAGCGAUGGAUUGGCUUAUACGUACCAGAACUUUGGGCGUUACUACUACAACGUCCGUCAGUGUGCAGCAGCAGACCUGGGCAGCAUGACCUGGCUGGCCAUGCGCUGUGACGCUGAACUGGACUGGAUCUGCAAGAUCCCCAAAGGGAAAAUUGAUAAGGAUCCAAACCCCACUGAAGCCCCCAGUGCCAGUGAGUGGGUGGGCUUCCAGGAGGCAGAGUAUAAGUUCUUUGACCACCGGUCUACGUGGGACCAAGCCCAGAGGAUCUGCUCCUGGUCCGGUGCUUCUCUGGCUUCCAUCCACUCUUCUGCGGAGGAGGUUUUCCUUGCCAACACACUGCACAAGAUGACCAAGGUAGAGGGGGACCACUGGUGGGUGGGGCUUCAUACGUAUGAGAACGAUGGCCGUUUCCACUGGUCAGACCACUCUGUGCUCAACUAUGUGUCCUGGGCUCUCGGCAGGCCACACCCACUCAGCCGCGACCGCAAGUGUGUCCACAUGUCAGUCAGCAAAGCGGAGUGGGCAGAUCAGAAAUGCCACUCAGACCUGCCCUACGUCUGUAAGAGAGUGAAUGUCACAGGCACCAUCCCACCCACCCCCUCUACCCCCCUGCCCCCCAUGGGCUGCCCCAAUGGCUGGAGCCCCUUCCUGCACAAGUGUUAUAAGGUGUUUGGUCAUGAGGAGAACCAGAAGGCCAUAUGGUCAGGAGCCAGGCUCAUGUGUGAGUUUCAAGGAGGAGCCUUGGCUGUGGUGCCCAAUCACGUGGAGCAAGCCUUUGUCACAACUCUGUUGUCCAAUGUGAGUUUUGACCUGUGGUUGGGGUUGACGUCUGACUCUAAAGGCCACUUCCAGUGGGCUCGUCCUGGACUCCUCAGCUACACCAACUGGGCCUCUGGAGAACCCCUGGACAACAGUGGACCACUCCACAACAAGACUCCGGGGAACUGUGUGGUGAUGAUCCAUGGGAACCCAACAAAAAAUACGGGCAUGUGGGCAUCCCGGGCCUGUGAGAUGGAGAACCAUGGCUACAUCUGCCAGAAGAAACAAGACCCAGCUCUGCCCCCUGGCGCUGCCCUCCUGCCCUCCUCCCUGUCCGGAGCCCUGGACCUGGGUGGGGUGUCGUACCGCAUAGUGAAGAAGCGCCUGGACUGGAUGGGGGCGCUGCAUGUGUGCGAGUCUCUGAACGGGACGUUGGCUUCAGUGAGAGACCCCUACCAACAGGCUUACCUCACCCUGCUGAUGAACAGCCUACACCUCCCAGCAUGGAUAGGCCUUUACAACUAUGGGGGACGGAGCUUCAGCUGGUUGGGCGAGGAGGACCUGAUUUACACUGCCUGGCGGGAUGGGGAGCCUAAUACACUGUCUGGAUGUGGUCACAUGACCACGGUGGGGCAGUGGACUAUGACCCCCUGUGAUGCUAAACUGGACGCUGCCAUCUGUCAGAUUAAUACAGAGGAGGCUGUGGUGCACAAGUGGAGUUUCCCAGGACAGUGCCCUCACUCUCUGGGCGACUGGGCCUGGGUGCCUUUCAGGAACCACUGCUACUCCUUCAACCUGCAGAACCUCCGGCUGCAGACCGACGCCCACUCCUCCUGCAGGAAGGUGGGUGGCCAGCUGCUGUCGGUCCUGGAUGAAACAGAGAAUGGCUUUGUGUGGGAACACAUCCAGGGCUACCAGGAGCAGGCCCAUGGAGCCUGGCUGGGUAUGACCUUUAACUCCAAAGGGGGCAGUCUGAUGUGGUCUGAGAGUGCUGAGGUGAAGUUCACUAACUGGGAGGUGCAGGGCACCAACCUGAGCAUGCUGUUUCCCAACACCUGCUUCUGGAUCCAGAGCAACACAGGCCUUUGGAAACCAGGCCCCUGCAAGAACCGCACACACGGAGUCAUCUGCAAACGGCCACGCAGUGCUGAGGCUUUGGCGGUAGUCUCUGAAGAGGACCACCUGCCCACUCUGAUUGUGAUCAUGGUGACGGGUCUGGUGUUGGUGAUCCUCGUCGCUGGCGUGAUCUACCUGUACCGCCGGCGCCAGGCAGGCUCCCGGGGAUCUUACGAGGGGGCGCGCUACAGCCGCACCAACUCCAACCCCUCCGAACAGGCCGAGAAGAACAUCCUGGUGUCUGACAUGGAGCUCAACGAGCAGCCGGAGUAGCACAGCCAACCAGGACUGGCCCCUCCCCCCCGGGGCAGGAGACACCUGGGAGUACCUAAUACUGACUGACCCACUGUCUGACUGAUACGCAUUCUGCUUCUACAUUUCAUGUCCCUGUUCUGUUUGAAGAGAUGUUGAAGAUGCUGAAGGUCUGUGCUGUGUCGAGCGCAGCAGAUGCCAAUCAAAUUCCCUUUAAACAGUCAUUCCCCAAAGGGGUUAAUAAUAUGCAAAUUACAAUAUGAACUGCUUUUCUUAGUAGUAUAGCAAUAAUGUUUCUCAUGUCAGUUUCACAUUUCAUUUCAAACACUUCCUGUUUUUGGUCGCUAUGUUUAAAAGGCAGAUGCUAAAAGCCAUAGACUAAGGCUUUGCACCAGUUCUUCCCUCGUCAGGAGACUCAGUAUCAUCCAAAUAUCAACACAGCCUCCAUCGAGACCAUGACAGUAUUUACCUGAGGUUAACUUCAGGUUUGUUUUGUAUAUUUCCUUUUGGUUUGUUUGUGUGUUUUUUUUUGUCCAGUGCAGCUGUAGUGAAUCUGUAGUGAAUACUCCUUCUAAUUCUGGUUGUUGUGGUGAAGCUUUUGUUGUUGCCAGUCCCCUUCCCUCACUCCCUUCGGUUCUGACUGACACGUCAGCAAAGACUGGUUGGAAAGCAAUACUUUCAGUGUGGAAGAGAAGAGGACAGGGAUGUUAGAGAGACGAUUUUAGAGUGAUUUUAAAGAGUCCCUGGCCUGUUCACCACAACUGCACAUGCAUUAGGAGAGGGGGGGGGGGGCAGAGUUUUGAUGUUGAUACAGACCGAUACCGUCUUUUGUUGUCUUGGUACAGUGUGAUGGGGUAGAUAAGGGUAUUAGUAUGUAACAUUCUAGAGGGUUUUAGAGGGUUUGUUUUAGCACUUUCUACCACAAUCACGAGAAGAGCCAACAUGUAUUCCUUAAAGUAACUGUCCAGUGUUUCCAGAUUUCUAUGAAAUAGGACCUAUAGUUAAUUACACUACGAGUUAAAUAGUUUUCCUUCAAAUCAUGUUUAAUUAGAUAUGUUUAAAAGCAGCUUUUCCUUGUUGGAAUGGUGUGGGUGUACCCCAACAACAGAAUGGUACGGGAGUUUACCGGUCAUUAAAAAUAUUAAUGCGAGUAGACCGCUGAUUGGCCAGCCCAUCCUCUACAGGAGAAUAAAAUCAUCCUCUAUGAGGAAAUAGCAAGCGUUUCUUUAGACAGUCUGAGAUACAGGUUGGAGUUGGGGUUUUUGAAGUCUUUUUAUUCUCCAGUUCAUGCUUUGACCACAAAUACGAAUAUAGGAUAAGUCAACAACAUUACUUGGUUAUGAGUUAACAGAAUGUGAACUUUUAAAAGUGAGAUUUUCACUAGACAGUUACUUUUUUGUUGUUGUUGAUCUUGUCUCACUGCUGCAACUCCCCAAAGGGCUCAGGAGGGGCGAAGGUCGAGUCAUGCGUCUUCCGAUACAUGACCCGCCAAACCACACUUUUCAACACCCACCCGCCAGCUGCACUGUUCAACUGAUGAGUGAAGUCAGCCUGCAGGCGCCUGGCCUGCCACAAGGAGUUGCUAGAGCGCAAUGAGCCAAGUAAAGCACCCCCGGCCGAACCUUCCCCUAACCCGGACUACACUGGGCCAAUUGUGUGCCGCCCUAUGGAACUCCCGGUCACGGACAGUUGUGACACAGCCUGGUAUCGCACCCAGGUCUGUAGUGGCACCUCAAGCACUGCACUGCAGUGCCUUAGACCGCUGCGCCACUCAGGAGGCCCCUAGACAGUUACUUUAAGCAAAGGACAUUCACUCCUUUGUUUAUGCAUUAUUACUAAGGUACUUUUCAAUUGUUUUUGUUUUAUUUCCUUCCUUUGACUUUUGGAUGGGUAACCUGGUGUAAAGUAGGUGAACGUCAGUGUUAGUCUCAUGACUGGUACGGAGGGUUAGAUUUCCCAUGUUAAUGUAUGUGUUUGUUGGUGGUAUGAUUACACACUGACCUGCAGCCAUGUAAAACAUACCCUAUAUAUCCAAAAGUAUGUGGACACCCAUUCAAAUGAGUAGAUUCGGCUAUUUCAGGCACACCCGUUCGUCAGCCACACACUGUUCGUCAGAAGCUUCAUGAAAAUGGGUUUCCGUGGCCGAGCAGCGGCACACAAGCCUCAGAUCACCAUGCUCAAUGCCAAGCGUAGGCUGGAGUGGUGUAAAGCUCACCACCACUGGACUCUGGAAACGCAUUCUCUGGAGUGAUGAAUCACGCUUUACCAUCUGGCAGCCCAACGGAUGAAUCUGGGCUUUGGCGGGUGCCAGCAAAAUACUACCUACUCGAAUGCAUAAUGCCCACUGUAAAGUUUGGUGGAGAAGGACUAAUGGCCUGGGGCUGUUUUUAAUGGUUUGGGCUAGGCCCCUUAGUUCCAGUGAAGGGAAAUAUUAACGCUACAGUAUACAAUUAUAUUCAAGACGAUU